CCGCUCUCCAAAACAAAUGCAUGUGGUAAUUGCCGGCUGCAGUCGGAAUUUUACGACACCAGGCUGUGGGUGUCAUACCGCUUCGACCAAAGGGGCGCUAUAAUCAACGAAAACGAAAAGUUCCGCACAGCUGCUUUAAAAUGUCGAUCUGGAAUUAGAGAAAUGUUAACUUACCUCAACAUGCUUUCUCAGGUUGGAGAGUUUUUGAGCAGUUUAUAGGUUUAUAGUGAAAAGAGCAAAGAUUCAAAGCAAUAUUAUUCUGUCUUCAUUCAAAAAAUUCUAACGUGGACUACAGAAAUGACCAUGGGUGCUCUGGUGGUGAGGAAUCAUCAUCUUUAUCUGCUGUAGUUGUCAUUACUAACUUCAAAUUGAACUGUUCAGAAACUGGAGCAAGUACUUUGAAGCUGACUGACAGGUGUAGAAGAAGUAGUUCAACAUAUCCUCAGUAAACCAUUUGUAUAAUAUGUUACAAAAAUGCAAAUACAACAGUUCACAUCAUAUCAACCAAAGUAGUACCUCACAAACUACAUUACAUACUUAACGUAAAGUUGCGUAAGUUUGAUUUAGGCAUGUAAAGUCACAUAGGUUUAGUUAGGGAAAAGUAACAUGGAAACAAUGUACCUUAAAAUAACGUCACUUGGUUUCAAACACUGGUCUCCUGGGGGAAAGUCCUGUGUUGUUUUGCUCAUCCACCACCCCAACUUGUUCUGUACUUUCUCCCCUUCUUCUGUCAGCACAUUGGUCAUGUGAUCGCAGCCUUCCCCAUUAUGUGGGUUACAGUAUUACUGGUUCAUGAUUACGUGGGAUAUAUACAAGUUGUGGUGCAUUACUUUUUGUAGGUAUACAAACAGUGAAUGAGAACAGCCUGAAUAGUUUACUGUGACUGUUUUUUUUCUUCUGUGAUGAACACAGCUAAUGGCCUAUCACAUUUUAAUAAAAGAAAAUUCUCUCCCGCACUACAUAGCUAUACUUCAAAGCAACGACUAACAGAAACCUUCAUAGAAAUAUAGUUGAGUCAAAGUCAGAAGUUUUAAAAAAAAUACUCAUGCAAAUUACAGAUACUUGAAAAAUGUACUUAAGUACAGUACUCAAGUAAGUGUAAAUGGACUGCACUUGUAUAGCGCCUUUCUAGUCCUCUAGUCCUGACCACUCAGAGCGCUUUUACACCAUAUGUCACAUUCACCCAUUCACACACACAUUCACACCCUGGUGGCCAAGGCUACCCUAUAUAGUGCCACCUGCUACUCAGUAACCAUUCACUCGCUCUCACACACUGUUUGAACAGCCAUCGGGUGCAAUUUGGAGUUCAGUACCUUGCCCAAGACAUCCGGGGAGGAUCUGAGGAUCAAACCAUUGAUCUUCCAAUUAGUGGACGACCCGCUCUACUUUGAGCCACAGCUGCCCCUUGUUCUUUGUAACUAGCUACAUAGAUGAGCUGUGAUGAUAUGUGACAUGUCAUGUGUAAAUUGUGUAAUUUAUAGCACACAUGAGGACAAUAUACCCAAACCGUUAAUUACUAGGAGUGACCACACAAAGCCCACGUAAAUGUACCAUCAUCAUUACAUUAUAAGUAAGCAAUUUAUUACAGUCAAUGCAAAAAUAGAAGAAAAAAAAUUAAGAUUAGAUUAAAAAAAAUAUAAUAAAUUUGUGUUUAGGAGGAAUAUUUGCAUGCAAUAGAGUCCGCCAGGAAUGAGUCCUAAAACACAGAAAUGAGUUAGCAUUUUAGCACUCAAUGUUCCCUCGUCUCAAAGUCAAUGGGUUUUUUGAAUGGGUUUUUGGUUUGAAGCCUGAAAUAAGGUCAGUGGUUCACACAAGCUUAAGAGACUUUAAUGUUUUGUUUUUGACAUAAAAUACAUCAGCAAAUACCCCGCUCAUGAACUUCUGAGCUUCUAUGUGUCUUAAAAAAAACAAGGCAGUUGCUAACAAGUGGCCAAAUGAAACUACAGAACGUCAUGCUGAGCCGCACCAAACACAGCUUUACAGUCUUGUAAUGGUGGUGGCGUAAAGUCAAGCGACCGUAGUGUGGUUUGUCUAUAGCCUAACAUUAGCUUUUUACAUCUGGCCAUUGCAUUUAGGCUUCAAUAAUCAUGAAAGUGGUGUUCAUUUGUGAAGAGUUGUUUUUGACGAGGGAACCAGUGUGAUCUUCUGCAUUGGCCUACAGAAAAGCGUCAUCCCUGGGGCACUCUAUUAGGAUCUCAGAUAGUGUGGUGUGAGGCUAAUCUGUACAGUUAUAGUCACAACAACCAAUGAACUCACUUCUUUUAUAGGCUGACUCACGCACAAGACACACCUUCAACCUGUCAGAGUGAGUUGUGACACCGUAACACAAUGUGCUGCAUUUGAGAGUGAGUGAAACUCACUGGUUAGAAAGCAAGCAGGGAAGUGGAAUAGAAAGCUAAAGAUAACAGACCAAUGAUUAAAAUCUUCUGUCACUCCAAACGGUUGCAGUACGAAUGACAACUUGACUAAACCAAUUGAAAAAAAAAGAAAAAUUUAUGUCUGGUCGCUUACAAACUUAAGCAGCACCAUACAGCGGCAGGCAGCUGGCACCAUUGCCCAAAUCUGGAAAUGACUCCACUAAUUAGCCAGCUACUUGAAAUGAUGUAAAGAAAUGUGACUGUGUGGUUAAUGAGUAGCUGUGGCAACCUUUGCUCCUCUUGGGAUUUCUCAAGCAAACGCCAAGGAGUUCAGUACUUGAUCUGCUGUUUCACGUCUAUCCCAUCAUAAAUAGAUAAAUUAAUGGAAGACAGUUUGUUAGUUAGAGGUGAAGGAAAGACCAAUCUACAAACCACAGCUGGAGAGUUGGGGUCAGAGAGUGAAGUCCCUGGAUAGUUUACGUGUUCGGUCGCACAGAGAUGGCCAUGGUCCACACCAAGUCUUCAAGAGAUAUUCUUGCAGAUCAAGGCAGUCCUCUCCUGCAGGAUACCGACAUCUUGCCCUUCACCAGCUAUCCCAGCAUGCAGUAUCCAUCGAUGGAGCCGACCAUGCCCUCCACACCAUAUUACUCCAGUCAGAACUACUACCCUCAGUACAACGGAGACGAAUGGUACUCACACACAGGGAUAUAUGAACUGAGGAAAGGACCCCUGGAAGUCGGCUAUGAUGCUGAAAUGGAGGAGGUGUCUGCUGUGGUGCCCACUGUGUGCAAGAGAACACGGCACAUGUCGCAGGCUGGAAGGGUCAAAGGGGAGGAACUGUGUGUGGUGUGUGGAGACAAGGCCUCUGGAUACCACUAUAACGCUCUUACCUGUGAGGGAUGUAAAGGUUUCUUCAGACGGAGCAUAACCAAGAACGCUGUGUACAAAUGCAAGAGUGGCGGAAAUUGUGAGAUGGACAUGUACAUGCGCAGGAAAUGCCAGGAGUGUCGGCUAAGAAAGUGCAAGGAGAUGGGCAUGCUGGCUGAAUUGAAGCCUUCAUCACCGCCGGCAGGCCUGCUGACAGAGAUCCAGUGUAAGUCUAAAAGGCUGCGGAAGAACACCAAGGCCUCCCCGGGAGAAUCGACUGGAGACGAGACAGAGGGCGCGGACAACACAGACAGCAAACAGGUCACCUCAACCACCAAACUGUCAAAGGAAAAAGUGGAAAUCACCAAAGAGCAGCAGGCGCUUGUGAGUGCCAUCGUAGAUGCUUACAACAGACAUCAAAUUCCUCAAGACGUGGCCAAAAAGCUGCUACAAGAACAGUACAGCGCAGAGGAAAACUUCCUGCUACUGACAGAAAUGGCAACAAGUCAAGUUCAAGUUCUGGUGGAGUUUACAAAAAACAUUCCAGGCUUUCUGUCUCUGGAUCGUGAGGAUCAGAUCGCUCUCCUGAAGGGUUCGGCUGUGGAGGCCAUGUUUCUGCGCUCAGCUCAGGUUUUCAACAGAAAGAUGCCCAAAGGACACACAGAACUUUUGGAGGAGAGGAUACGCAAGAGCGGUAUAUCAGAAGUAUUCACGACACCCAUGUUCAACUUUUAUAAAAGCAUCGGUGAACUCCACAUGGCGGUGGAGGAACAGGCUCUCCUCACCGCUAUAACCAUCCUAACACCAGAUCGGCCUUAUGUGAAGGAUCACGAGGCUGUCGAGAGACUUCAGGAGACCAUGCUGGACGUGCUGAGGAAGCUGUGUGUCCUGCAGCACCCACAGGAGCCGCAGUACUUUGCUCGUCUCCUGGGCCGUCUGACGGAGCUGAGAACACUCAGCUACUACCACGCAGAGAUGCUCACGUCCUGGAGGAUGAACGACCACAAAUUUACACCGCUGCUCUGUGAGAUCUGGGACGUGCAGUGACACACCAGGAGAAAGGCGUAACAAAAGGAUGAUAGCACGAACAUUUCAACUUGCAAGACAGUCCUCCUAAGACUACAGGGCAUAUUUAUACUGGAGGAUGUGAGGAUGUGGAAUGAAAUCCCUGCAUCACCUGUUGCUGCCAUCAGUCCUGACUCUUUGAAUGGUUUAGAGUACUGUUUGUGUUUAUUCUGCUCGUGUAUUUUUAAUGACUCACAACAUCAUCGUGUUUGUCCACUGUGUGAUUCAGCCAACUUAGACUCAGUCUCAUUGUUGAGAUGUUGUGACAGAGUUUUCAGUGCAAAGGGGAAACUGUUCAAAGGUGGGAUCUGGAAAAAUCCUCUUUAGUGCUGAAGUCCCAAAGUUAUUAGUUGGACGAGUACAAACUGAAACUUAUUCAAUGUAAAGAUGGUGCUCAUAGAAAGUGUAAAGUUUAGAUUACAUUGAGUUUAAUAAUGGCUUAGUUUAUUUUUUAUUUGUAAAACUCACAGUACUUGCACAUGUUCUUGCUGUACACAAAAGUUGUCCGCCUCAAUAAACAACCAGAUUAACAGGAAAAAAA